AAGCACUGCCCUUCCUUAGCAACCGGCGCUAGGGUGGUGGUGCGGGCCGCGGCGGCGGAGCAUCCUCUGGGCCAAGAAGUUUCCAUUCCUGCUGAAGCUGCUCUGCCCGUGUUCCUCUCAACUGUCUGCACUGCAGCACCUUGCUGAGCUCCGGACAGCCCCUCUGCCCCUUCCUGGGGUCACUGUGGGAGGACCAUGGCAGACACUGGGGAGGGGAAAAAGGAGGAAGCUGAUUAUAAAAGACUUCACAGCUUUCCACUGAUUAGGCACACAGACAUGCCGGAGGAGAUGCGUGUGGAGGCCAUGGAGCUGUGUGUCACGGCAUGUGAGAAAUACGCCACCAACAACGAGAGCGCUGCCAAGAUGAUUAAAGAGAUGAUGGACAAGAAAUUUGGGUCCUCCUGGCACGUGGUGAUUGGGGAAGGCUUUGGCUUUGAGAUCACUCACGAGGUGAAGAAUCUGCUGUACAUGUUCUUUGGUGGCAGCCUGGCCGUGUGUGUCUGGAAGUGCUCCUGACAUCUGGCCGGGUCCCAGACUUGCUGCACACAAGAGAUUUCUUCCUUCUCUUGACAGGUUUUGUACAAUCUGGAGGUGGGGCUUUAUUUUUAAUAGUUAAAUGUCAAGCCUUUUUUCUUCAUACUGACGUACCAGUUCUGUGGGACACAUAUAGUCGGGGGGGCGGGGUGGUGGUGUGUGCGCGUAUAAACUUGCUAAGCCGUCCUGUCCUUGCUCGUGGGAUUUCUUGUCUCUCUGUGGCUCUUUUCUUUGGUGUCUGAGCCGAAGCAGGAAGGAGAUGGGGAAUAGGUAUUCUCGUGACAUGCUGCAGAGCUGUACAGCAGCGUUAGGAGGGGGAAGCGAAAGAGAAAAGGUGCUAUUUAGCCCUACAGUUGGGUUUUGGGUUUUGUUUUUUUUCCUCCCACUUGUUCCACAUCGCAUCCUCUUGUCUCUGCCUUCCCCACUACCAUGUGCUAUGGCUCUGACCAGCACCUGUCUCUCCUCUCUCUGAAUGCCGAAAAUACCUUCUUCCCCCCUUCUAAAAUGUCCGUAUAGAACUGGCAGUGCCAAGGGUGUCCCUUCGGGCUGCCCAUGGAGGCGUUGGCCACAGGGAAGCAGAUUUGGCUUGCCCUUCCCUGCGUCUUUUGGGGGGGUACGACAGCUGAGCUGCCUGAAUGUAGGAGGUUGCUAUGCAAACUGCCCCCUCCUUUCUCACCCACUGCACACUGAGAUAGCAUGAAAACACGGGCGGCUGACGACGCCUGGGGAGUGGGUGAGAACUCUUCAUAAGGCUUGAAUGCCUCCCUGUCAGUUCUUGGGGGUGUUGCAAGUGCUGUGUACUUUCAGCAUCUUGUUUGGAGGCUGGUAGAGGAAGGAGGCUCCAUGUGAGAUAUCACUUGGUCAUCACAAAUCUAACAUCUUUUUGGACUUGCGUUCUUUUAGCCUGUUUCAUUUUUUUUAAAGCUGUCAAUGUUGGAGGAUGGAAUGAACGUAAUUGUAUGUUACGUAUAUGGCUUAUUUAUAUAAACCUGGGGAACUCUGUUUUUACAAUAAAAAUUUCCUAAAA